GCCGUCCUCUGGUCCUCCCCCUGGGGAUGGAAGGCGCAAUGCCGCUGCGGGGCGUCAGGGUCGUGGAGCUGGCAGGCUUGGCGCCGGGCCCCUUUUGCGGUAUGGUCCUGGCGGACUUCGGGGCGCAGGUGGUGCGCGUGGACCGGCGCGACUCCCCCGGCGACGGGAGCCACUUGGCCCGGGGCAAGCGCUCGCUGGUGCUGGACCUGAAGCGGCCGCGGGGAGCGGCCGUGCUGCGGCGCCUGUGCUCCCGGGCAGACGUGGUGCUGGAGCCUUUCCGCCCCGGUGUCAUGGAGAAACUCCAGCUCGGCCCAGAGAUUCUACAGCAGGAGAAUCCAAAGCUUAUCUAUGCCAGGCUGAGUGGAUUUGGACAGUCAGGAAGAUUCUCCAGGGUAGCUGGCCAUGAUAUCAAUUAUUUGGCUCUCUCAGGUGUUCUAUCAAAAAUUGGCAGAAGUGGUGAGAAUCCAUAUGCCCCGCUGAAUCUUCUGGCAGACUUUGGUGGCGGUGGCCUCAUGUGCGCAUUGGGCAUCGUGAUGGCUCUUUUUGAACGCACACGCUCUGGCAAAGGUCAGGUCAUUGAUGCAAACAUGGUGGAAGGAACAGCAUAUCUAAGUUCUUUUCUGUGGAAAACUCAAAAAUUGGGUCUAUGGGAACAACCUCGAGGACAGAACCUAUUAGACGACGGAGCACCUUUCUACACUACUUACAAGACGGCGGACGGGGAGUUCAUGGCUGUGGGAGCCAUAGAACCCCAGUUCUACGAGCUGCUGAUCAAAGGACUUGGACUAAAGUCUGAUGAACUUCCCCAUCAAAUGAGCAUGACUGACUGGCCAGAAAUGAAGAAGAAAUUUGCAGAUGUAUUUGCAAAGAAGACAAAGGCAGAGUGGUGUCAGAUCUUUGAUGGCACAGAUGCAUGCGUGACCCCAGUGCUGACUUUUGAAGAGGUUGUCCAUCAUGCUCAUAACAAAGAACGGGGCUCGUUUAUUACUGAUGAGGAGCAGGGCAUGAGCCCCCGCCCUGCACCUCUGCUAUUGGGCACUCCAGCCAUACCUUCUUCCAAAAGGGAUCCAUUACUAGGAGAACACACUGAAGAGAUACUUAAGGAAUUUGGGUUCAACCAGGAAGAGAUUGAUCAGCUUUAUUCAGAUAAAAUCAUUGAAAGUAAUAAACUAAAAGCUAAUCUCUAAUUUUCAGGCCCACAGUUCAAGUGAAUUUGAAUAUUGCAUUUACAGAAUAGAAUAAUACAUAAAAUUGUAUGCAUGAAAACAUGGAAGAACAGUAUUGCAGUGGUCCAACUAUUUUAAUCAAGAAACAGCCAGAGACUCUGAUUGCACACUAAUGAUUGAAUUCUGAAAAUAGUUAUCAUCAGGCCUUCUGAUUUAGGAAUUUAGGAUUUUUGUGUACUUGUACUAAAUUGUGGCAGUUUUUCUGCCUUCCAAUUUACUUGAUAGAAUGUUGAUAUCAUGAAUUUGUUGAUAU